AGCAUCCUAUUGGUCCGUGUUUAACACUCGAGCCCCAUACGCGUGUUAAAAAUAAAAACCCCCACGCGGUGCAGAGAAACAUCCAGCUCUAAAUAUCAAAGGCGGAGAAGAAGAAACAAACAACGAAAGCAGAGAGAGAAAUUACCGUCGUCUGUUUGUUCUUUAUUUCGCAUCUAUACAUAUUCACGACACAACCUGUUUUUCUAUACAUACACACAUGCAGAGAUACAUUUGGUAUGUAUAAAUGAAUUUUCGGAUUCAAAUUCCAGCGUGUUGAACAAGCCCCUUCGUUUUUAUUGGACUGCUUAUCUGGUUUUUAACGUUUUGCCGGCAUUUUUAUCUCUCCAAUUUCGCCGGGGAAAAUCGGGCUAGGGUUUCUUGAACUGCUUUUUUUGGUUGAUUGAUUGCGAUAAUUUUGAAAAGAUAUCAAGAAUGGCGCAAGCAGUGGAAGAGUGGUACAAGCAGAUGCCGAUCAUUACGCGUUCGUACCUCACAGCUGCCAUUGUCACCACCAUCGGUUGCUCUCUCGAAAUAAUAUCUCCAUAUGAUCUUUAUUUGAACCCGAAGCUCGUGGUAAAGCAAUACCAAAUCUGGCGCGUCAUUACCAAUUUUCUGUAUUUCCGCAAGAUGGAUUUGGACUUCUUGUUUCACAUGUUCUUUCUAGCUCGGUACUGCAAGCUUCUCGAAGAGAACUCCUUUCGGGGGAGGACUGCAGAUUUCUUCUAUAUGUUGUUAUUUGGCGCAACUGUUUUAACUGGGAUAGUACUUGUUGGAGGAAUGAUCCCUUAUGUCUCAGCAUCAUUUGCUAAGAUAAUAUUCCUUAGCAAUUCCUUAACCUUUAUGAUGGUAUAUGUGUGGAGCAAGCAGAACCCAUUCAUUCAUAUGAGCUUUCUGGGCCUUUUUACUUUCACAGCUGCCUAUCUGCCAUGGGUGCUUCUUGGAUUUUCUGUCCUUGUUGGUGCUAGUGCUUGGGUGGAUCUUCUGGGAAUGAUAGCGGGUCAUGCUUACUAUUUUCUUGAAGAUGUAUACCCAAGAAUGACAGGUCGACGACCACUGAGAACUCCGGCAGUCAUACGGUCAUUAUUUGCUGAUGAGCCUGUAGUGGCGGCCAGGCCUGCAGCUGUGAGAUUUGCUGCUCCACCAGUGGACGACGCUCCACCUCGGUGAAAUACUGAGGUGAUGGUGUCUGGUGUUGAGCAAAUGUUUCAACUUAUGUGAGGAUUGAUUUCGGAUCCCUUGUCAAUAGUGUUAAGGACAUUGAGUUAGCAUGUUAAUUACAUUGGUGUCCCACCACAGUUAGCAAAUUAGCCUCGACUGUAUAAAGAUGUUGUUUUUAAGGGUGACUCUGCUAUCAAAACAAUCAAGGUUUCGGAUAUAUCGAUUCACCUCCAUUUUGGGCUCA